AUGCUCGUCAGCUCGCGCCGCACACCCAUGGCUCCCUUUCGCCGCAUCACUCGCUCCGUGUUUCCGCCGCGUGCACUGCUGCUGGCGCUCGCGAUUCUGGCAGUCGGCGCGCACAGCAAGCGCGUGAAGCGGCGGCAGCAGCCGGCGGCGAGCGCGCCUGGCGACGAGGGACCGGUGGAGUCGUCCGUCUUCGCGCGCCGCCUCGUUACCGCCGACGUGUCGUAUCGCGACAUUCUCAAGGUCGAGUGCUUUUUGCACCGUCAGACCUCGUUGUUUCCCUCUGCCGCUCUUCCCCCUCCCCUCGCAUUCCCGCUGGUCUCAAACCCCCAUGCUUGUGUCCCCUCGUGCCAUGGCAUGCGUGGCGCGCAGGAGCACGCGCGGUACUGGAAGGACACGGCGCACCGCCACUUUAACGGCACCGUGCUCGCUUACGUCACUCCCUGGUCCGUCGCUCACCUCCCUGGUCCGUCGCUCACCUCCCUGGUCCGUCGCUCACCUCCCUGUUUAGUCACAGACCUCGCUGAGCCGCCACUUGCUCGCCACCUGUGGCGCCCUCCCCCUCACCGCACCCUUCCAUCGUGUCCCUUCCUCCUAUCAUCUCCCCUCUCUCUCGCCCAACCGUCCGGUCACUGCCACUGGCACCACAGAGUAGGCGGGCAGCUGCAGGUGGCGGGCGGCCAUGACGUGGACGUGCCGUGGAUGGACUCCGUGCGCCAGGACGGCGCCCAGGUGGUGCCACGUGUGCUGCUGGAGGCGCAUGACACGUCAGGCAUCGUCAGCUCUGACGAGGACGCAUCUGAAGCCAUCAGACUCAUCCUUGACACCUGCAGGCAGCACCACGUGGACGGCAUAGUGCUGGAGGCGUGGUCCACAUGGACCGCCACAGGGCUGCUCGCCUCGCCCCCUCUGCGCGCCCGCGCCCUCGCCUUCCUCUCCCGCCUCGGCUCCGCUCUGCACGCCACGCCCAACCCCGCCUCCCCCACCGCACACCUCUCCUUCUUCCUCGUCAUUCCCCCCAACGCCGCCGCCGCUCUCCUGCCCGAGCAGCAGCGCACCCUCCCUCCGCACGCGUUCACGGCAGGGGAUCUAUCGGCGCUGCACAGGCACGUGGACGGGUUCUCCCUCAUGACCUACGACUUCUCCCCGCCCUCGCACCCCGGCCCCACCGCCCCCCUGCCGUGGGUGCGGCUGUGCCUGCAGGCGCUGCUGCCGGGGGUGGCGCCGCGGUAUGCAGGGGCGUAUGGUGAGGACCUGGGCGUGGGCGAGGAGGAGUGGCGGGAGGAGCUAAGGCGAGGCCGCGAGCUGAGGAGUUUUGUGGGGGAUGAGGAUGGAGAAGAGGAGGAGGGGGAGGAGGGUGGGGUGGGAGGAGGAGAUGCAAGGGUGAUAGCGCGCAAGGUGUUGGUGGGACUCAACUUCUAUGGCUAUGAGUACGGGCCCAAUGAAGACUACCGCCCACUGCUGGGCAGGGACGUGGUGGAGGUGCUGCAGCGCUACGAGCCGCGCGUGGCGUGGGACCCCGAUGCAAGCGAGCACGCCGUGUCCUUCGCUGCUCGCCCCUCGGGCAUCCGCCGCGCCGCCUUCUUCCCCUCGCUGCUCUCCCUCGCGCUGCGCAUGCGCGAGGCCAGUGCGUGGGGCGCGGGGCUGUCGGUGUGGGAGAUCGGGCAGGGCCUCGACUAUUUCUUCGACCUGCUGUAG